GCCUAGUUACGCGUGCGGGUCAAGAAAGACAACUUGUAACAUGAGCGAUGAAUAUACACUCCCUUGUAUACAUGUCCGAAACAUCGAAAUCGUCAAAGAAGGGACGAACUAUGCAUUCCGACGCAUAGAGAAAUUAUUACUUCAUACUGCACGACAAAGCUGAAUUUGUGUAUUUUGCACAGCUUUUUUUUUUUUAGAAACUCCUCUGUCUUCUAGCCUCCUGACACAAGAUGGCGACAAUGGAAGGCGGAAGCAAUUUUGACCCCACGGCAGUGUGUAGUGUAUGUCUACUACCUUUCGUCGGUCGACAGCCGAAAAUACUUCCAUGCUUCCAUACUUUCUGUUUACCGUGCCUCACUUCAAUGGUAAAACAUCAAACACCACAGGCAGGGGAAGGACCAGGUGCUGACAAAGAUGCUCAAAACAGAGUAUGCAUAACAGCCAUUGCCUGCCCUACAUGCAAUAAAGUUGUUCCAGUACCCACAAGUGGAGUGGCCAACUUUCAGGCAGCAAAUGGCAGCAGCAGUACAUUAGAGGCGGAUAAUAAGGUUGAAUCUUCAGAUGGAGUUAAUGUUUCCCUUGCUGAUGACAAAUUCAAGAUAAUGACGCAGGGAAAACAUCUAGAUGACUUUGGGCCUUAUCAUAUGUCAAGACCUGAGAGAGACAUUGUCCGUGAGUGCUUGGUUGGUGUGGGGUCAGCAUUGCAGGCUGCAUGUGACAAUUUAUUGGCACAGACGAAUGCACCAUGCAUGGCACCAGUGGCACUAAUGCAUCUGACUCAGACUAGGGAAACAGUUGCUUCUAAUGCAGUCUUGGGCACAGGCAAUCACAGUAUGGCUGUAAAUAACCUAAACUUGCAGUGCAGCGUAGAUCUGUCAAGGAAUCGCCCUGAGCCAUUUAACACAUACGGAAACAAGCAAAGCCUUUUGAGUAAAGAUACUUCCAAGAAGCAGGCCUUGGUGCAAAACAACAUGGCAAGCAUUGAUGUUGUUGCUGAUUGUACACAACUAUCUGUGACUGGUUUUUCAGGUGAUGUGAAACUUGGAAAUACUUCAUUAAUGGCAUCAGUUUCUGGAGUGACUGAAGGCCUUCAGGCACAGCUUGACAGUGUGUUGGAGAAGAUAGCCUUCCUUGAAAACAGAGUGCAUAUUCUUGAAGCAGACAAUGCAUCUCUCAGACACAUGUACUUAGGUAUGAGUAGAGAAGUUACUUCUGUUCGUGAUAAAAAUGUUCUCUUGUGCCAAAAUGUGGGCCUCCUUUUGACAGAAAAUGCCAAGUUUAACAGGGAACUAGCAAGGCUUCACCAAGACUUCAAGGCUGAGACUGCAUCUUUGGAGCAAGAAUUUGUAGCACAGAGUUCUAGGAUUUGCAAUGACAUUGCAGUUGUUCAAACAUUUUUCAAUGGCUUUCAGGAUUUGCAUCGACCUCCAAGAGUGGCAGAGCUGCCUGAUGUAAUGGGAAAUGCCUGUGCUUCAGUCAAUCAAGUUGCCUUCAAUGCAUGGCUUAAAGAGAGCGUCACGACAACAGUAGAACAGACCCUUGUGAUAAGCAAAGUGACCUUGAAUGUUGGAGAAGGUUACAACCCUCAUACAGGUACGUUUACUGCUCCUAUGUCAGGCACUUAUCUGUUUAUCUUCACCAUUUGGUCCGGCACAUCACAGAAUCGAUCUGGGGUUUUCAUUGUCCUAGAGAAUGAAGUGAUUGGAGGUGCUUGCACUGCCAAUGAGAAUUCUUGCACAGGAUACAGUGUGGCCCAUGUAAGCUCUGGGCAAAAGGUCUGGCUGAGAACCCUUGGUGGUGAAGAAAUCUCCAUUGAAUGUGGAAGCACUUUUGGUGGUUUGCUUAUUCAGGCAGAACAAUGAGUGCCCAUAUUGCUACGUGAGGGGUUACACAUCUAAGAAUGCACUAAUAGGUCAAAACAGUAGAAAUUAUGUAACAGGGUAAAAAUACAUUAAUGGCCCAGAAAUUUGGUAGCAAACUGCUCUUGGUGCUGCUGCUUCAAUGUUGUAAAGUGAUUACCCUAAAGAGAGUCAAGUUUUGGGAAGUCAAGAAGAUAAUCUGUCAUUUUGUUUCAUGUUAUUAUAAGUUCAUUUUACAGGUGUAUCCAGGAAGUGAUUCUUUGCCAUUAGUCCAGAAAACUGUGAUAGACUGAAGCCAUGAUAGAGUGGAGCUUAAAUGAAGUGUACGAGUUUUUUCUUUUUUGGUGGUCUGCUGGAUCAGGCUGUAUGGCGAAUCCAUAUGUUGCCAGCAGAUGUGGUAGAAUUCUACUCUGAAUGCAGAUAGUAUGGAUUUUUUGAAGGAAAUAGAGGAGAAUUUGGUUUUGUGAGCAGGUUCUGUGAUCAAUUGAUUCUCCUGGAACAUUGUACAUUAACAAGCUUUAUAUGUGAUUAAGUUGGCGGUGCACUGCUUGUACUUGUAAGAGGGUAAAUAACAUUUAUGAAUGUACUUUUUUUUAUCGUUGAAUUCCAUCAAUUGUCGUAUAUUUGUUUAUCAUGUCCAUUUGAAAAGGAGUGAACACUUCCAACACGAAACUCAAACUGUCCUGGAAAGAGCUUAGAAAAGAGUAAACAGACAAGAUAAAUAGCUGGUGAACAAGAGAUACCUUAAGAAGAACCUAAAUGUCUGUAGAGGCAGUGUAAAAGAUGUACAGAUAAUUUUUGUUGUAAUUUUUGUUAUGAGGUUUCUGCUACAGGUCAUUGUAAUUUUUUGCUUCAAAAUUUAGUACUUCAUCCUAUAGCAUUUUAAGUAUUUUAUUUGAGUAAGGACAGGUUCUCAUGCACCAAGAGCAAGUUCUUUUAAAUUUUGACACCACAUUGGAGAAAGAUGAAACACAGAACAAAUAGAAAAUAGUCUGAAUGGGUAAAAUGUAUCCUUAAUUUUUAUUUGCUGCUUUUGGUCAAAAGAGUUGUCCAAGAAAAAUAAUGAAAAAAAAGAAAAAAGUUUUUUUAUCUUGUCAGAAAUAAGAAAGGUUAGAAUUUUUGUGAAAUUAGUGCUCACACAAUUAUAUAGUUUCUUACAAUUAUUUUUAAUCACUUCAUUUAAAUGUUUUAGUCAUGUUUAAGAAAAUAUAUUAACGACGGACAGAUUUAGUUAUGAAGGGUGAACUUGCUUAUUCAGAAAGGAAGCUUUGUUUACUUGGAAUAGUUUAUAUAUAUUUGAAUGUUAUUUUAUGAUUCCAUCUAUACCUGAUAUUACGCUGAAAAUAUUUGGACAGCAGUCAUUGUAUUAGCUGCAAUUGCUCAAGGUGGACUAAAUCAAAAGUUUAUUCCUUUGCUAAGGAUGUUUAUAAACUGCAUUAUUUAGUCACUGAGAUUAUUAGCUCAGGCAGUUUUGUUCCCAUUAUAGUGAGAAAUAUGAGGGUAUAAAAUAUAAAAUGGCAACCAGCUGACAUUUGCCUAAAAUCCAAUGCAUUUUAUGUUCCUGUUGCAAUCAUUUAUUCAGAACAGUAUUUUUGUUGUUGUUUUGACCAGCAUUAUUUUUUGACAUCAAUCUGACUUGUUUUGUUCUUUAAUGACAAGAAUGUUGUCUCAUAUUUUGUUAAUGAUGAAAUUAUCAUUACUUUUGCUCAAAAGUUUCUAAUUAAUUCUUUUUCACUUAAAAAAAAUCCAUUUAUUGUUAAAAGCCUGUCUGAAGUAAAAAGCUUUGUUCAUAUUCAAAAUAAAGACUCUGACAAUGUAUCCUUCAGACAUAAAAAGUAUUAAUUUGCAUAUUCAAUCCCUCUUCCUUUUCUGUCCUAUCCUGUUCCUUCAUAUGCAAAGAAAAAAUUUGGUUAACAUCACAUUGCAAGUUGUAUACUUUAUGAGGAACCAGAUGAAUAUAUUAUUGCGCAUUAGGAACGAGAAUGGCUAUCACUGGUUGAUGUGUGUGCUCUGUCAGUCCAAUGUCUAAGCCAGUUUUCCAUUUCUUUCAGAAUUUAGAAAUGUUUCAAGAAAUUAAAUUCCAUACAUAAAUUUAAACAUAUAUAUUAUGCUUGGCAUAGUUGAAUGUGGUUUUCAAAAAUGGAUAUCUGAGUUACUCUAUAAUCAAAACAAAGCAAUUAAGAGUUUUUUUUGGCAUAGUACAACAAGUCUGUAAAAACAAAUCCUUUAUUGUCUAAAACUGUAUACUGGAAAUGUGACAUGUCACAUGAAUGAAACUGUUGAAUAGUUGCAAUAAAAGAUUAUGCCCAGAUAAAAGAAUGGAAGCGGAUUAAGGUACUGAUUUGGCAUGGUAAAUUAUCAUGAAGAAUAACUCAUAAUUCCCAGGAAAUGGAAGUGCUGUGUUGCAGUUUCUGGUCUUUAUAUUCUUCGAUAGCAUGAUGAUGGUUUUCAUUUUUACAGGGUGUGUGUUUACAAUACAGGCAAUCUUAUGUACAAUCAGAUUUUGCCCUGUAUGUGCCUUCAUGGCUUUUUGCUGAUUAUUGGAAAAUAUGCUUGAACUUGUUCCAUGCUAUUCCAUCAAAACUGACAAGCCAUUAGAAUACCAUGCACAAAGUCAUGGGUUUUUUUUUUCAAUACCAUACCUGCAGACACGAUCAUCUUUUAUCAUUUAACAUAAUCUUGUGAAUGAAGUCAGAAGCCAUGACAAAAUAGUAAUGAAUUACAAUUCAGUAUGUAUAUUUAUAUACUGGUAUGUCUAUAAUGCAGGCAAAUGCACAAACCAAAUUUCUGGGAAGGGGUGAAGUUUCUUGUGCACUUUGACAUAAUUCAGUAAAAUUGUAUUUUUGUUUAAAAAUUGAAAUUCAGUUUUAUAAAUUUAUAAGGCUGUCAGCAAAGAGUGUUGUAAUUUACACUUCAGCUCUUCAGAGUCAAUGUCAUAGAUGACUGUGCCAUAAACAUAUCAAAUAUUCAGUGGUGGUUUGUAAGUUAAAUGUUUUGUUGAGGAUACGUGUGUAGAAAUGGAGUUGUUUCAUCUCGGACACCUGCAACCAACUUUCAGGGCUGAGAGACUUAAAACCUUGCACACAUUUUACCAUAAAUUUGACCAUUGGUUUGUUUUAAAUAGUGUAAAUUUUGAAUUUGUUGUUUGUGCAAUUUGACAUUGUGCCAGUAUUAUUGCCUCUUUUAAAUAUGCCUGUUUUUGCCCCAUUUUGUGUGCAAUGUAUAAUGUUGGAAAUUGUAUUCUUGGAAAAUAAAUCAAAUAUACCAAGAUCA